AUGAAUGAUAUUGUAAACUUGAUGCAAUCGCGAGGGCAAAGAGCUGAACAAAGCAGCCCCACCCCCCACCCCCCUACAACCCCACCCGGACACCCUCUGAAUGAAGGUGUGGAGUUUAUGCAGAAUGCUACUGUUGCUCGGCAACCGUUCUUGCUUCUUAUGUCAUGGAUUCAUAUGCACGUAGCAAUAAAGACAGCUAACCAUUUUGAAGGGCGAAGUCAGUUUGGACGUUAUGGCGACGCUUUAGAGGAGUUAGACUGGUCCGUUGGUGCUAUUUUAAAAGCUCUAGAACAGCUCGGUCAUGGAGAUAAUACGCUUAUUUAUUUCACGUCGGAUAAUGGCGGCCAUCUUGAAAUUGGGACGGACGGGGGUUAUAUCGGAUUCCUAAAAGGUAUGUUAUUUCCAGCAAAAUGCAUGUGUGAUAAUUGUUUUUCUAUCACAGGAGGCAAGACACAUGGUGCUCCAGAUGGCGGGAUUCGAGUACCAGGUAUAGUUAAAUGGCCGGGCGUCCUUCCACGUGGAAAGGUUACGGACGAACCCACUUCAUUGAUGGACAUAUACAAUCUUGUCUCGACUGCAGUCGGGGCAAAUUUACCGCCAGAUAGAGAAAUAGACGGAGAAGAUAUUUUACCUCUAUUGAAAGGUGACGUUUCGGUGUCGCUGCGUGAAUUCAUGUUCCACUACUGCGGAAACAGGUUAGAAUCGGCUAGAUACAGGCCAAAAGGUGGUUCAAAAACAUGGAAACUGGUAACACAUGAACCAAAUUUAAUCCCCGGAUCAAAAUUAUGCCAGUUUGUCUGCAGUUGCAAUUUAAAAAUUCACUUAGCAACGCCUAAACUCUAUGAUAUGACCUCUGACCCUGGUGAAACCACACCCAUUGACAGCAACUCCAAACUGUACAGAAAUAUAACGCCCAUUAUACAAAAUGCUAUUUAUAACCACAAAAAUUCUAUAAAACCAGUUGAAAGUCAGUUUACAUGGGCAAAACUCGCGCCCAAACUAGCAUGGCAACCAUGUUGUAAUGGACACUUUCCUUUCAACUGUGAAUGCACUGAUCCAAAAUAUUCGGAAAAUUUCACUAUGAUUAUGUAGGUAUGUCAAACCAUAUUUUAACAUUUAUGGCUUUAUGCUAUACGUAUUCAAUUGAUUGAUAUUCCUGAUAUUUAUUGCGAUAUCUGUGAAAAUAACAAAAUAAUACAAAAAUAAAUAUACAUUAAUGUAA